GAUUCCUUGCGGAGCCAUCGACAACAACAGCUUCGUCUUGCUAACAACAUCGAAGCGGCGAAUAAAACAUUAUUAAUCACAUAUUUCCCAUUUCACCCCAAGAUUUACAGUCGUCGGUUUUGCUUCGAUCGAGGUUGAGCCGAUCAGAUUAGAAAUUCGCCGAAUAGCGUUGUCAAGUUCAGGCACCCCUGGAUCUCCACUUUUCCAUAUUUUAGAAUAACAUCCAUGGAUCAGGACUAUGAGCGCCGGUUACUGCGGCAGAUCAACGUCCAAAAUGACAACACCAGCCCUAUGAAAGCAAAAGAUGUGAUCUGUCACCUGACCCCGACACCUGAGUCACCAUUGUCAUCGCCAAGCAAACAUGGGGACAGAUUUAUACCAUCCCGAGCUGGGGCCAACUGGAGCAUCAAUUUCCACAGAAUAAAUGAGAAUGAAAAGUCGCCAAGCCAGAAUAAAAAAACCAAAGAUGCAACAUCAGAUAGUGGAAAAGCGGACGGGUUGGCGUAUUCUGCUCUCCUGAAGAACGAGUUGCUCGGAGCAGGCAUUGAGAAGGUUCUGGAUCCUCAAACAGAAGAUAGAAGACUACAGCCCUCCACACCCGAGCGGAGAAGCCUCUUUAGUUAUUCGCUCAGUGCCAAAAGAUCCACGCCCGAUGAUAACAGUGUUUCACCGUACUCCCUCUCCCCUGUUAGCAGCAAAAGUCAGAAGCUUCUCCGGUCACCAAGAAAACCAACACGCAAAAUAUCUAAGAUUCCGUUUAAGGUGCUUGAUGCACCAGAGCUACAGGACGACUUCUACCUCAACUUAGUGGACUGGUCCUCUUUAAAUGUUCUCAGUGUGGGACUGGGAACAUGUGUUUACUUAUGGAGUGCCUGCACCAGUCAAGUGACGCGGCUAUGUGACCUAUCAGUGGAGGGCGAUUCCGUCACGUCUGUGGGCUGGUCAGAGAGGGGAAAUCUUGUCGCUGUGGGAACACACAAAGGCUUUGUACAAAUUUGGGAUGCCACGGCUGGCAAAAAACUGUUUGCCUUGGAGGGACACACUGCAAGAGUUGGUGCAUUAGCAUGGAAUGCAGAUCAGUUGUCAUCAGGCAGUCGUGAUAGGAUGAUCCUCCAGAGAGAUAUCAGGACUCCUCCUCUGCAGUCAGAGCGCAGGCUGCAGGGCCACAGACAGGAGGUCUGCGGACUCAAGUGGAGCACUGACCAUCAGCUGCUCGCCUCUGGGGGAAAUGACAAUAAGCUGUUAGUGUGGAAUCACUCAAGUGUGUUACCGAUGCAGCAGUACACUGAACACUUGGCAGCAGUGAAGGCCAUCGCCUGGUCUCCUCAUCAACACGGGCUACUGGCGUCUGGAGGGGGAACGGCGGACCGCUGCAUUCGCUUUUGGAACACUCUCACAGCACAGCCACUGCAGUGUAUCGACACCGGCUCUCAAGUCUGCAAUCUGGCCUGGUCGAAACACACCAAUGAACUGGUCAGCACACACGGUUACUCUCAGAAUCAGAUCCUGGUGUGGAAAUAUCCCUCACUCACUCAAGUAGCCAAACUGACCGGCCACUCUUAUAGGGUGCUUUAUCUGGCAAUGUCUCCAGAUGGAGAGGCGAUAGUGACGGGAGCAGGCGAUGAAACUCUGCGCUUUUGGAAUGUAUUUAGUAAAACACGAUCAACAAAGGAAUCUGUGUCAGUUUUAAACUUGUUCACCAGAAUACGAUAAUUGGGCUUGUAAAACAGAUUGAAUCUUUAUAGCAUAUCUUCUUCUUCUUCAUCAUCAUCAGUCGCAUACAGUAGACUGGACAUUAAAGAUCAAGAUCUACUGCUUGCUCUCUUUCUCUCUCGCUUUCAUCCACACUUUGUUUUUCUCUCCCCUGACAUUUCAUCUUAAGUUUAAAUGUUGUUUACUUUUAUGUGUACAGUUCAGUUCAUGAUUUUAUGUGUGCUUGUUUUUUUUUUUUUUCCUUUGGAUACAAAGACAUGUCCAAGAUGUAUGACGUAUGUUAUCCAAGCCUUAAGCCAGAAACAAUGCCAUUUGAAUCAGGGUGUAAAGAAAAAGAAAAAAAAAUUAGCCAUUGUGAA